AUGACCGUCAGCGGAUCUAUUGACACCUCAAACCUCGGUGCUAUGCAAUCCAUCCCGCGGGCCUUGCCCACCGAACUAUGGCUGCAAGUUCUCGAAAAUGUACGCGAUCCUGAAUAUCUCUGGACUACGGUGCGCCAUGUAUCCCUACAACACAAAGCCAUGAUUGAGCGGAUUUUCACAUCAACCUACCUCCCCGUUCUCUCCAUCUCCUUGUCGCUUCCACGGCGCGAUCCAACAACCGGAGCUCUACGCUGGCCCGGCGUGCCCAUCCCGAAAGCCCAGAUCACCAUGGCGUUUAAUCGCCUCAGUGCGGACCGACGGCACGUCGUCCUCGUAUCCCCAGUGAUACUUACGGAUGGCGCAAACAUCAAAAGUGUGGAGGAAUUGAAAAACACGUCCGCACUAUCCAAGGAGCGACUCGAAGCGGCGCCGGCUUGGGUCAGCAUGAACAAGAACUCACUAGCAGGACUAUCAAUGCGCCUACCAAUGUGCAUUGAAUGGGACGAGGUGCAGAAGAUCUGGGUCUGGCAAGUCGAGUGGAGAACAUUCGUCACGAGGUUCUACGAGAAGAAAAACAAAAAGAGACUCAGCGACGCACAAAAGAAUUCGCGAGCAAACCAUACUCCCCGGCAUGGACGCAGGUAA